AUGAUAAACACACUUUUUAUUGCCAAGUGGGUGUUUAGAGUAGGACACGUUUAUCCAGUUGCAGCAUUGACUGGAAAAGUAUUUUUUGAUUAUUUAUUUGGAUCUGACUUUAAUAGUAGCUCAGCAGAAAAAGGAGUUAUAAUAGCUUUAGGUGUUAUUUUAAUAGUUUCAGGGUUAAUUAAUAUGAUUCUAUUACGCCCUAAGGAAAAUUUCCCAACUGGCGCUAAAUUCUGGAAAUAUAUGAUGAUGUUGAAAUUCUUUGUUACUAUUUUUGUGCUUACUCCAUUUUUGUCAAGUGUAACUGGCAUUUCCAAAAAGAGCUUGAAUACAGUUUAGUUUUAUAUUUUAACAAUAUUCUUUGUCUUGAGUGCUUUCCUCAGAUUUUACAGAGAACAUCAUGCCGCACUCAGAUAAAAGUAAUUGUUAUCAAAGUGA